AUGACUCCAAUAGGAACAAAUUACGCGUUGAUACUUCAAUCCGGCACGAACCAAGUAUACACACAGGUACAACAAUAUUUGAAUUGUGAGUGUGAUCAAACAGAUGAAUGCACAUCAGAAACUUUUAUCGAUCUUCGAGCAAUUGUUGGCUACCCAUCACUCUAUAACAUAACAGGAUUUCUCUAUGGGUGUUUGUCCAUAGAAGCAUUGCUUCAAUCGAGUCUUCAAUGUUUCUACAAUCAAACAUGUAUUGAUGUCCUAAAUCGUUAUUUAUUAGCAGCAAGUUACUUUACAAAUUAG